GCGCACGCCCCGGCGCUCCUCCCCGCUUCUAAAGGAAGGAAAGGGCAAGCCCCAGCCCUCCACGGGCUGUCUGAGCCGCCAGCCCCGCGAAAGCCGGAGCUCUGCAAAGGACAGCCCAGCUCGGCACGGCGGUGGGCAGGCAGCAGCCCUUCCCCACACUGCCAGGAUGGAUGGUCAGCACGGCACCACCAAGGAGCCUGAGAUCGAGCUCUUCGUGAAGGCUGGUCUGGAUGGAGAAAACAUUGGGAACUGCCCCUUCUGCCAACGUCUCUUCAUGGUGCUGUGGCUCAAAGGGGUCAAGUUCAAUGUCACCACAGUGGACAUGACCAGGAAACCUGAAGAGUUGAAAGAUUUAGCGCCAGGCACCAACCCACCCUUCUUGCUGUUCAACAAGGAGCUGAAAACAGACUUCAUUAAGAUCGAGGAGUUCCUGGAGCAGACCCUGGGUCCACCCACGUAUCCACACCUGAGCCCCAAGUACAAGGAGUCCUUCGACGUGGGCAGCGACAUCUUUGCCAAGUUCUCGGCGUACAUCAAGAACCCGCGCAAGGAAGCGAACAUCAACUUCGAGAAGGCCCUGCUGAGGGAGUUUCACCGGCUGGAUGUCUACCUGAACACUCCUCUCCCCGAGGAGAUUGACCAGGACAGCGUGGAGGACAUCACUGUCUCCAAGAGGAAAUUCCUGGAUGGAGACCACCUGACGCUGGCUGAUUGCAACCUCCUGCCCAAACUGCACAUCAUCAAGAUUGCAGCCAAGAAGUACCGUGACUUCGAGAUCCCCGUGGACAUGACGGGCGUGUGGCGGUACCUCAGCAACGCCUACGCCUGCGACGAGUUCAGCCACACGUGUCCCGCCGACGAGGAGAUCGAGCACACCUACGCCAGCGUGGCCAGGAAGAUGACCUAAGGGCACUGCCCUGGCUGAGCUGGCCUGGCACAACCAGACCCUGCCUUAGCGAGGGGCUGGGGUGGGGUCGUGGUGUCGCCGCCCCCCGGCUUUCAGCAAUAGUGCCUUUUGCUUCCCAGCCCCCGCCACCCCGUCCCCUGCCAGCACCUCCUCAGCGCCCAGCAUGGCAUGGAGCGGCCCCUGCCCGGCCCCGGGGCGGCUGCAGCCCUGUGCCCUGCACACAGCUCAGCUCCGGGGCUGUGGCCGCACACAUCGGGACAGCCCAGCUCUGGCUGCCUCAGGAGAGCCCAGCUCUGGCUUCCCCAGGAGAGCCCAGCUCUGGCUGCCCUAUGAGAGCCCAGCUCUGGCUGCCUCAGGAGAGCCCAGCUCUGGCUUCCCCAGGAGAGCCCAGCUCUGGCUGCCCUAUGAGAGCCCAGCUCUGGCUGCCUCAGGAGAGCCCAGCUCUGGCUUCCCCAGGAGAGCCCAGCUCUGGCUGCCCUAUGAGAGCCCAGCUCUGGCUGCCUCAGGAGAGCCCAGCUCUGGCUUCCCCAGGAGAGCCCAGCUCUGGCUGCCCCAGGAGAGCCCAGCUCUGGCUUCCCCAGGAGAGCCCAGCUCUGGCUGCCCCAGGAGAGCCCAGCUCUGGCUGCCUUUGGUGGCACAGCCCAGCUCUGGCUGCCUCAGGAGAGCCCAGCUCUUGUUGUCUCAGGAGAGCCCAGCUCUUGUUGUCUCAGGAGAGCCCAGCCUAGCUCUGGCUGCGUUUGGUGGCACAGCCCAGCUCUGUCUGCCUCAGGAGAGCCCAGCUCUGGCUGCCUUAGGAAAGCCCAUCUCUGGCUGCCUUUGGUGGUGCAGCCCAGCUCUGGCUGCCUUUGGUGGCACAGCCCAGCUCUGGCUGCUCUAUGAGAGCCCAGCACUGUCUGCCUUUGGAGAGCCCAGCUCUGGCUGCCUUUGGUGGCACAGCCCAGCUCUGGCUGCCUUUGGAGAGCCCAGCUCUGGCUGCCUUUGGAGAGCCCAGCUCUGGCUGCCUUUGGAGAGCCCAGCUCUGGCUGCCUUUGGUGGCACAGCCCAGCUCUGGCUGCUCUAUGAGAGCCCAGCACUGUCUGCCUUUGGAGAGCCCAGCUCUGGCUGCCUUUGGUGGCACAGCCCAGCUCUGGCUGCCUUUGGAGAGCCCAGCUCUGGCUGCCUUUGGAGAGCCCAGCUCUGGCUGCCUUUGGAGAGCCCAGCUCUGGCUGCCUCAGGAGAGCCCAGCUCUGGCUGCCUUUGUUGUCAGAGCCCAGAUUCCCCACAGAUGCCAGGCUGGCCCUGCUUCCCCAUGGCUGCUAGAGCUGCCCUGCCCUGCCCUGCCAGCCCUGUGCCCUCCCACACACCCACUGUGCUCAGGAAGAGGCUUCCCAGGGUCCCAGCACGUCACCUGGGCUGCAGUUGUUGGAAUUCACCUGCACAGCACCCUGCAGCCUGCCUUUGGGCCAGCCAUCGUAGAUGCCUCCUGCCUUUGGGCCAGCCAUCACUGCCACCAAGGCACCCAGGCUCCAUCUGAAGACACUGAAAGGUUCUGGCCCUGGUAGUUUGUUGCAGUGUCAAGUUGUUCUCACUGCUGGAGAGCUGUAAUGUGCAUGUAACUGCCCCUUAGGACAUGGGGGCAGGAAGAUGCUGGGGAUAAUGCCUGGGGCAGAAGUGCCAAGACCAGCUGUGGGAGGGAAGGAGGGCUGGCUGCACUCACAAGGGGCUGAAGAUGGAGAGGGCUGAGGAUGAGGGCAUCCCUCCUGUGUGUGCCAGCACCCAGGGCUACAUGCUGCUGGCUGCAAGGUCCCACUUGGCUCCUGUGAGCUGAGAACCCCCUCCCUGCCUUGCAGGACACUGCAGGAGAGGCAGCCACGUGCAGCUCCAGCUCCAGCACCCUCUCCCUGUCCUCACCAAUGCUUCAGGUGCUCUCCUGGGAGACAGAGGCAUGGGUAGGGCAUCCAUCUGGUUUCCACAUGCCAUCACUGGACAGCCUAAGAGAGCAGGCAGAAGCUGCUGUGCAAAGUGCUGUGUCUGUAGGAGAUAUUUGGGCAGGUUUGGUGCUCUCUGGCUCAACCUUGUGCCUUCCCAUCCAGUGUCGCUGCUGCAAAAGGAGUCAAAGCUGCCCUGCACAGCCGUGACAGCCUCCCCUAUCCCAUACCUCCAGCUCCCCAGGGCUCCUGCCAGUGCCUGGGAGCUUGGGCAGCCCUCCCCAGGCAGCCUCACAGGCACAGAAAUACUGUACAGUGAGCGUGGGGGUUCUGUGGGGUCACAGCCCUGGCAGAGCCCCCUCCAGCCCCCACUGCCACUCCCCCCUUUGCACUCAAACAUGUGUCCUUGCAAGCCUGCCUCUGAUAGCACUGGGUUUGGGACUGGUUUUGUUAGUCAUGGGUUUUGGUUUGUUUGGGUUUUUUUUUAACUAAGAACAGCAAUAAACUCUAUUUUGAUAGGC